UCUCUCUCUCUCUCUCUCUCUCUCUCCCACUGCCUCCUCUCCUCUCUCAAACAUCAAAAGAUCCAGUGAAUUGAUUAAACUCCCGACCUCUCAAACAUCAAGUGAUUAAAUUGAUAAACUCUCCCGACUCAGCGACUCCCCGCUCCGGUCUCCCCCAGCUCUUCGCUUCUUCCUACUCCCGACCGCUCAGACAUCAAUUUAAUCACUUGCCUAAGGUACGGCCCUGCUUUCAGCCCUGCAUUCCCCUCGGCCGAGCUCCUCGUGAUCGAUCGAGAGAGGGUGAUCGAUCGAGGACGGAUGUCGUACAUGAGAGGAGAUCUGCUGACAAAGACGAGGAAGCUGGUGAAGGGACUCGCCAAACCCACUCCCAAAUGGCUCAAACCCAUGGAGCAGGCGCCGCCCGUGGUAUUUCCUCGUACCGAUGGGAAAAUCAAGGCGAUAGAACUGCCAGAAGAUGUAUAUGUCAAGAAGUUCUUCAAGAAGCAUCCUGAUUCUUUGUACCACGAUGCAGUGAAGAUAAGUGGAUUUGAGCCCCCACCUGCUCGAGUUUUUGCUUGGCGUGUGCUUGAGUUGAAAGACCAAGGCGUCAAUGAAGAGGAAGCCAUGGCUGUUGCUGAUAUGGAAUAUCGAGCUGAGAAGAAGGCUAAGAAGAAUGCAUACAUGGAACUGAAGAAAAUUUCCCCUAUUCUUGGGAAGCGACCACCUCCAAAUCCAUACCCUAGUGCUAUCAAAGAGAUACAAGCGGAGGAAAAGAAAUAUGUUCGUGACCGCUUCUUCAACCCCAGGAUUCGUGAUAUUGUAGACAAGAUGAAGGCUGAGAUUCAAGAGCGAAGGGACAACAGAAACAUGGCUGGGGGUAAUCAGCCGGGUGGUCCUCCUGGCGGUGGUCAGCGCUGGUAGAGUUUGGAGUUCAUCUGUGGAUGUUGUGGACUAUAUGUUCAUUUUGUUUCGGAAGUAAAGCAUACGUAUUAUCUUCAUCAUCUUCAUCGUUACUCUUGAUGUUUUUUGGAAACAAGAUGUGGCUGAUUUUAUUUUGUUUGGCUGCAAAUUUUCUAAAUAGUAAUAAACGGUAGAUGAAGGGAUGGAUAAUGUGAUCUGCUUACUUGAGAAGAGUGGCUUAUAGGCUAAAUUUGUACCAAGAGUUGAAUGAAGUUAUGAUGCAAAGAAUCUAA